AUGAAAACAAAACUGGGAAACCUAUGGGCUAAAUCCGGAUCCAUUGUGGUGGCAGAUUUGGGGAAUGACUUUUUCUCUGUGAAAUUCUCUAGCUUGGAAGAUCUAAAUCUAGCGUUAACAGGAGGACCUUGGAUUCUGAUGGGCCACUACUUGGCCAUCAGGAAGUGGGAGUCGUUCUUUAAUCCUCAUAAAGCUAAUAUUCACAGGGUAGCUGCGUGGAUUCGAUUGCCAGGUAUUCCUCAAGAAUUCUGUGUAGCUCCUUUUUUGAAACUGAUAGGAAAUACAAUAGGCAAAGUGCUGAAGGUUGAUCGAACAACCUCCAUGGGGGAUAGGGGAAAGUUUGCUAGACUGUGUGUGGAUUUAGAUCUUACUAAACCACUCAGGGGUGAAUAUAUUCUGGAGGAUGAAGUGUUUAAAGUUGAAUAUGAGGGCCUGUACCUUAUUUGUAUCAGAUGCGGAAAAUAUGGCCAUAAUACAGAUAAAUGCCCUGACUUUGUUAAAACAGACGAGGCUAAUAUUAACAAGGAAACCAGUCAUCCUGACUCGGCUAAUACACAAGCGAACCAAGGGGUAGGUCCAUGGAUGGUAGUCCAAAAAAAGAAAUUUUUUAGGAACCAAUCUCCAAGAAAGAAUGAAGUCAAAGGAGAAAGAUCCUUUGGAGUGGAUAUCUCUAACAGUAAGAAGCCCCUUUCACCUCAGGUUGCUGGCAUUUCUAUUUUGAAGAAUCCAGGGUUGGAACAAGCCACAGCGGUUAAAAAAGGGAUACUCAAAGAAAACAAGAGGAACCCUCUAUCCCAGGUUACUUCCAAGGCCACUAAUUCGAAAGCCUCAACAGGUUCAGCAGCCAAUCCAAAUAAAACAAGUUCUAAGCCUUUAGAGCUCCCUUCAUCCAGCAAGUCUACCAGUAAAGGUGAAUUCAGAUAUGUCCCCAUCUCCCCUCCUGAACCGGUUAUAAGUAUCGGUAAGGAUAUUGAUCCUGAAGAUCCAGAAGGUGAUUUAUGCACAAAAAUAUCUGCUGCUAGCAUCAUAAGCAUAGAUAGCACUUUGCCAAUUUGUGUCUUCUGUGAGGUGGAUGAUAAACCUUUGGAUAUGGAUACUAAUAUGUUUAACGGUGCUCAAAGUCUUUAG